AUGGCUUUAGCGAAUGCAACUUUUUCAGAAAUUUUGGACGACUUAUCAAGUCGAUUCAUAAUAAAUGUUCCAGAGGAAGAAUUGGCUUCUGUGGAGCGCAUAUGUUUUCAAAUUGAACAGGCACAUUGGUUUUAUGAAGAUUUUGUUAGAGAACAGAACCCUAUAAAUAAUUAUCACAACGUCGACAUGCACCAAGCUUUUAAAUAUAAAAGCGUUAUUUCUGCCAAUAUUUUGAGGCAUUGCCCGCUAUUACAUCAAUGGUCUCAUGAACACGAAAAAGCGUUUGCCGAUUUCAUGCAAUAUAAAAUUCGAGUUCCCGUAUGCGGAGCCAUUAUGCUAAAUGAUACAAUGGACCAGUGUGUACUGGUAAAAGGGUGGUCAUCUCGUUCUGGAUGGGGAUUUCCUAAGGGAAAAAUCAACAAGGAUGAGCCAGAUUCUACCUGUGCGGCUCGUGAGGUUUUGGAGGAAACCGGAUAUGAUAUAUCACCCUUAAUUAAGGAACACGACUAUGUAGAACUAACUAUUCGUGAACAACGAAUAAGACUAUAUAUUGUUGUUGGUGUUCCUGAAGAUACAGAAUUUUGUCCAAAAACGCGAAAAGAGAUUAUAGAAUGGCAUAAAGUAUCUGACUUACCAACGUGGAUCAGGAGUCGAGACAAGGAUACUCCUUAUAAUUGUGGAGGCGGUUGUGUAAAAUAUGGGAGCAGUAGGUUUUACAUGGUCGUCCCCUUUGUUAGCAAACUUCGACAUUGGCUAAAAUCACAAAGAAAAUUGGUACGCAAAAGAGUAACUGAUGUAUCACAUCAAGAGGAAUCUUCUGAAGUCGUAGUGUUCAAUGGUCAUGGUACAGACUCAGGACCAAAAGAAACAUCUCCGGAAACUUCAGUACCAGGUACAGAAAGCGAAGGUAGUCCUCAUGAACAAUCACCAACAUUUAGUGGGAAAUUACAUAAAUCAUCUCCAAAUAUCCACGGCACGUCUCAGACAAUUAUGCGAUCAAUGUUUAGCUUAGAUGCCCCUAUGUCCACACAGAUACCUACGUUUUCCACUUCACUACCACAGGAAUUACAACAACUUAAUGCACCGGAUGCAGGAUUAAACUUUGAGUAUAAUCAAAUGCCGGCAUCUGAAUUUACACAAUCUCAUUCAUAUUUCUCGACUUCACUUCCUCUUGGCCAAUCACCUUUUGAUUCAUAUACCUCAAAUGGUCUAACAUUUCAUCAAUCGACACCUAAUAAAAUUCAAUCCUCCAGUUUAUCAAACUUGGAAGGUGCGAAGCUACAUAUGCCUAGAAGAAAAUCAUCAAUCGGUUCUACAUACUCUAAUUCUCAUUCACAUAUCAACACGACCAAUAGUCGUGACAUAACAGCCCCUGUCCCGAUAAACGCUAACUCUAACGCAGCCAUUGCUGCCUUGGACCCGGAACAGAAACUUCGUCGAAAUUCAUUAUUGAGUUUAUUUACUGCUUCAGCUUCGUCUAAACAAUGUGGUACAACAACUCCUAUGUCAUCAGCAACCGUAGGUCAUGAUGAUCAACGUAGAAAUUCGUUACUUAAUGUACUUCAAUCAGAAAUACCUUCGACUUCCAAUCAAAUUUAUUCGACUUCUACUCCCCUAACUCACGAUGACAUCACUCAGCAUCAAGCGCAACAAUCUUUAUUACAUUUUUUACCUAGUUCAUACGAUCAUAUCAACACUGCAGAAGUUAUGUCGAGUUCUAAUACUCAUACCAAUACCAUGUUCAGUAUGUUCCAGAAUUCAGCUGCUCAAAGGAACCCGAAAGUCAUGACAUCACAGUCUAGUGCAAUUCCUGAUGCAAAUUAUUUAGGAAAUCGCCGAGAUUCCGCGUUCAGUAGACAUUCGAGUCAAGGCGCUACCACUCCAAAAUUGUCGACUAAUGUUGGUCCUAUUGGCCAAGGAAGACCUUCAAAUAAUAAUGAAAAUAACAACCCCGAAAUUCAUGAAGUCGCACGGAAGAUGUCAUUAUUAGGUUUAUUUUCUACGACAUAUUCGUCGAAUUCCGAUAAGAAUACUCCCAAUACUUGUCGCGCAACUGCCGAAAGUCCAUUCAAACCACAAAAUACAUUUUUUUCCUCUUCUACUGUGAACUCACAACUGGGCAUACCAGGUACUCCUAGUUCGCUAAGGGUAAAUAAAGAGUCUUUGUUACGUCUAAUAACGGCUUCUCCUCCGCCGCAAGGCGCUCCUUUAUCCCCUAAAGUCUUUGACGCAGAAAUUCAAGCUCAAGAAAGAGCACUGCUGAAUCUGCUAAAGUUGACAAAUCCCUCGAAUAAUGGUGUUGUGGGUGAAAAUGUUUCUCCUAAUCUUAUUAGUAAUGAUUCAAUGUCAGCAUCAAUUCCUCAUGGGUAUGACCAGAAAAUAAGUGAAUUUGGCCAUUCCAACAAUGAUAAUGUUCGUGUUGAAAUUAACAAAGAAAAUAAUCCAUUUUUGGACGAUUAUGUAAGAUACACUCCGCAAGACAAUAAGUUGAAUGAAAACGGAUCUAGUGCAUCCAGCAAACGAGCGUAUCCUGAAGCUACCAAAUUAGUCGAAAUUUCACCGGAUCUUCGGGUUCGUCACGAACUUCUUGAUAGAAUUCAUGCGUUUAUCCCUCCAGGUGGUACGAAUCCAAAGGAAGGAUUUAAUUCACGUGCUAGAAGCCUUGGAAAUAGUGACAAUCCGAUGGUCAAUUUCAAAUUUGACGUAGAAAAAAUUGUUGCAACAUUGUGA